AAAUCGCGCAAGUUAUAAUAAUGUUGCGGUUUAUUUUCUACACAACUGUUGUUUACUGCUCAUUAGAUUUUGUGUUACAGUCGGUAUCUUCCGAAGAAUUUUUCGACGUGGAAACUAGGUAUAUUGAUGUACCAUUAACCCAUAACGAAUGGCACACGACCAUAAAUACCUUCAAACUGAGAUAUUUGAUCAACGUCAAGCACUAUACAAACGAAGGGCCUCUCUUCAUUUACCUCGGCAGUGCGGGCGAUAUUAACGUAUUCGCUCAAAAUAGCGGUUUUUUGUUCGACAUUGCUAAAAUCUUCCAAGCUGCGCUGGUUUUUGUCGAGCACAGAUAUUACGGAAAAUCCAUUCCCUUUCUCAACGAAUCCAUUACCACAGAUAAUAUUAGGUAUUUAACUUCAACAGAAACUUUGGCUGAUUUCGCGUACGUUAUCAACAUGUUGAAAAUCGAUUUCUUCAAAAGUAUCUACGCCUUUGAUACCGCACCGAUCAUUGCUUUCGGAGAUGGUUACGGCGGAACCUUGGCCGCUUGGUUGCGCAUCAAGUACCCGCAUUUGGUACUCGGCGCCAUUUCCUCUUCGGCUCCGAUGCACUUCUCAUCGGAUAUCGAAAAUUGCGAAUGCUUCUACGAAGUAGUCACCAGGGCGUUUGAGAAAUACGGCGGAGAACAAUGCGUGAAAACCAUCAAGUUGGGUUGGGACGUUAUCAUCAAUUUAACUCGAAGCAAAUUAGGUCUGGAUUUCAUUUCGAACACUUGGAAACUCUGUCGCCCUUUAAGAACUGCCGAGGAAGUCAAUAAAUUGUUAGUCUGGUUAUCGAAUAUUUACGUUAAAUUAACGUUGAGAAACUACCAUUACCCGACAGAUUUUUUUACACCGUUGCCGGCUUACCCGAUCAAAGUAUUUUGCGACAAGCUGACGACUUCUUACAUCAACGAUACCAAAGGUUUGAUCGAAUACUACGGUCAAGCUUUGGAAAUUUACACGAACUAUUCGAGGAACAAAAUGUGUAACGAAUUCGAAGAUGUGACCGAUUACGUGCACAAAUAUCAAUUGUGCACAGAACUCGUAAUGCCUAAAUGUUCUAUCGAAUCAGACAUGUUCAUCAACAAACCGUGGAAUUUCCAAAACUACAGCAGAGAGUGUAAAGCCAUUUUCGGAGUUACUACCUCCUAUAGGGAUUGGACGUCGUUGGCGUACGGUGGUAAAAAUUUGAAAUAUUUCACAAACCUCGUCUUCAGUCAAGCCGAAAUGGAUCCAUACAGAUGCUACGGAAUUGUUGAUAAUGUAUCGGAAUCGAUUUCAUCGAUGCAAAUAAUGGAUGGUAUUCAUCGCAUUGAUUUCAGAAACCCUGAUAUUGCUGACAAUAAUUACAUUAUAUAUGCUAGGAGAAAAAUGAUCGAAAUCAUCAAGUCGUGGAUAAAUUAAUGGGAAUAUUGUGCUAAUAUGUAACUACUUGCAAUAUAACAAGCAACUUGAUCCUUGAUCGGGCUGUUUUUUUCUAAUCACAUUUCUCCUAAUGGAUGCAUAUAUGUGCACUACUCAGUCAAUACUUUCACUACCAUAAUGCACCAAUUUAACACCAUUGAGAUGAUUUAAGAAAGCGGUUGUUACUUGAGA